CAGCCCACAUCCCGUACUUCUAAGGCAGGUGCAUUCGCCAUCUUUAAACUGGGCAACCACCGAGAGUAUCAUAAACGGUGAAAGCCAAAAAGAGCAUUGCACCUCAAUCCCUAUACAGGCACCGAAAUGACGAGCGACAAUGGCUCCUCACUACUACAGUAGCGCCCGCCUUAUCUAUGCGAAUUUAAACGACUACUGCGCGCUCUCUCAUAGCCCCGCCCACAGGCUGUGUCACGGAAGUGAUUUCCCGCGGCGCCUACUGGGAGGUGACUGCCGGAAGUGGGGCAGCAGAGGAGUCGCGGCGGAGGUGAGCAGGGCGGGGCUCCUGUGGUGACUGCUUCGUGUUGCCGGUUGUAAAUCAUGGCGGAGCUACAGAAUCUAGUUGUACGUCUGGAGAAGGCUGUAGGAAAGCUGGAGCUUCUUUCAGGAGGCUCAGGAGGAUCAAGUGCUGCAGAAACUGCACAGUUUGUUCAGGCCUAUGAUGCCCUGAUCAGUAGCGCUGUAGCGGACUUUAUGAAAAGCAGCAAGGAAAUAGGUGGAGAUGUGGAGACUCAGGCUGGGUUGUUACUUGCGGGACUAAACCUACAACGUGACAUCUUGGUUAAGGCUUCACAGUUUCAGCAGCCGGAAGAGGGUCUUUCUGCUCUCCUAGCACCUCUAUCACAACAGAUUCAGGCUGUUCAACAAUUCAGAGAGAAAAACAGGGGCAGCAAAUUUUUCAAUCAUCUUUCAGCUUUGAGUGAAAGUGUUCCUGCUCUUGGAUGGGUAGCAGUGUCGCCAAAGCCUGGUCCCUAUGUGAAGGAAAUGGUGGACGCAGCAGUGUUUUACACCAACAGAGUCUUAAAGGAAUACAAGGAUGUUGAAAAGAAACAUGUAGAUUGGGUCCGCGCAUAUCUGAACAUCUGGACAGAACUUCAGGCCUACAUCAAGGAGCAUCAUACAACAGGCUUAAGCUGGAGAAGGACUGGACCAAAGGCCAGCCCAACUGCUUCAGCACCAAGUGCACCAUCUGCUCCCAAGGUUGGACCACCUCCACCGCCUGGAGGACCACCUCCCCCACCCCCACCAGCUCCAGCAUCAGCUCCAAGUGAUGAUUCUGUGGCUCGUUCACAGCUCUUUGCAGACCUUAACCAGGGAGAGAAGAUCACCAAAGCUCUGAAACAUGUGUCUGAUGAUAUGAAGACUCACAAAAAUCCUGCUUUGAAGUCUCACAGUGGACCAGUCCGAAGUGGACCUAAACCAUUCACAAGUCCUAAACCAACAAACCUUAGUUCUCCUGCAGCCAAACCAGCACCUAAGAAGGAACCACCUGUGCUUGAAUUAGAAGGCAAGAAAUGGAGGGUGGAAAACCAAGACAAUGCCUCCAAUCUGGUUAUAAGUGACACUGAGCUUAAGCAGGUGGUUUAUGUUUACAAGUGUGUGAACAGCACCCUGCAGAUCAAGGGAAAGAUCAACUCCAUAAUUAUCGACAACUGCAAGAAGCUUGGCUUGGUUUUUGAAGAUGCAGUAGGUAUUGUGGAAAUCAUUAACGCUCGUGAUGUUAAAGUACAGGUGUUGGGUAAAGUGCCAACAAUAUCCAUCAAUAAGACUGAUGGCUGUCAUGUUUACCUAAGUACGGGCAGCCUGAACUGUGAGAUAAUCAGCGCCAAAUCGUCAGAAAUGAAUGUUUUGGUUCCAGGCAGCGGUGGAGAGUUUAGCGAGUUUCCCAUACCAGAACAGUUCAAGACGGUUUGGAAUGGUGAGAAGUUGGCGACUACAGUGACCGAGAUUGCAGGGUAGAUGCAGUAACCUACCUGCAGUGACAUGGGCUGGACACCAUGUCCUCUCCAGCCCUCUGUGUUCUUUCUGCUGCUUUUUUUUCUUGAGGAUUCCUCUAGCUGUAGGUAGAGACCCAAUCCUCACAGCUCUAUGCUGAUAAUAUCCUACUCUACCACACCUAACUAGUGCCAGAAGUCCACUGAGAGCUGCUUCUGCUAAUCUGCUGUCCUGCCCCUCCUGUGCCAAUGAAAAGGGACAGGUCCCGACUGUCAUAACCAUAAUUCUGGGGAGUGGCUGGAUGUCCGCUAAAAUAAUUGGACCAAAGUUUAACUUGCUAAUGAGCACUUUGUAAAUGGAACUUGUUCAUUCCAUACACUGGGAAGAAUACAGCUCCCAACGCCUGACUAUUGGCCAAUCCUUUUCAGCACUUCCAGGGUUUACUUUUUCUACAUAAAUAUCUUCAGAAAUAUGCAAUGAUUUUCCUUCUCUGAAUUACUGUCCUGGGCUGUCACUUCUGUAUUGAUCCUAAACUAAUAUAAUGCCAAUGUGUACUGAACAUUUCCAAUAUGUUGUAAGCAGGUUCUGAUAUUAAGGGAACAGAUUCAGUCCUUACAGACUGUGGAAUACUCAAGUUUACAAAUCAAACAUUUUAUUAAAGAUUCAAAGUUAAAAAUAAACUUGUCUGCUUUAUUUAUUAGUUAUCAAAGUGAUGGCUAACUAGUCUGUAAAGAAGAAAGUGGUGUCUUUGCAGCUUAUUUUUGUCUUUAUCUAUGAAGCAGUGACUGGUUUUCCAACACUUAAGGGGGAGAUUUAUCAAAACCUGUGCUAAGCAACCAUUCAAAUUGCUUCUUUCAUUUUGCAGAGGCAUUGUUUAAAAUGAAAGAAGCGAGCGGAUUGGUUGCUAUGGGAUUUUGAUAAAUCUCCCCCUAAGGUCCUGUGUUUAUGGGGCUGUACGUCCAGCCAUUACACCGUGGUAAUUGCAAUAUAAACAAAGUGCAGUACUACUAUGAAAAUGGAUGCAGUUUUUAGUUAUACAGUACAGCUGACAAUGUUCACACUGUAACCCAAGAACACUGCCUCAGAUUUUGUGAUUUUAAGUUUUAAACCAAAAAACAUGUAUAGAUCAUAAUGCAUUAGAUAACAAAAUGAGUGUCUCCUUUUUAUUUUCCUCCUUUUGGUUUUGUAAAGUACUUGCCCCAUGAAGUUUUGGGCCAGAGUCAUUAGGGGAAAAUGAAUCUCCAUACCCAGAUGGUAGUUUUUUUUUUUUUUUUUGCCUCAGUGGCAAUUUGUUUUAAAU